UCAGCACGCUUCGCUGACCCCAUUGCUUGGUCUUUAUAUCCCUGCACAACGUGGAUCAUUAGGUUAUUGCGCGUCUGACCUUUUUACUUUACAAUGGAAAGGCAGUCCCGAUUAGUUUAUUCUGAAGAACAAAAGGAAGUGCUGACCACGUUUUUCAACGAGGGAAUGACUUCCACCAAGAAAGCGAUGUGCGACAAAAUUCGUGCAUGUGCCACAAGAGUCGGCAUUUCGGAAGACCAAGUGAAGCACUGGAUAAACAACCACAAUGCGAAGUGUAGUAGUGGUUCCAGAGUGCUUGAUGGACACAAGAGGACAGAAAAGAAACUAGUGAGGAAACAAAGUGGCUUUAAUGCUUUCACAAGGGAGUUUCUCCACAAAGAACAAACUGGUGGAAGUGCAGAGGUCUUUCGCACCAUCGGAGAAAAGUGGAGGAACUUGUCUGACUCAGAUAGAGAUGCCUACAAAAAGGUGGCAACAGAUUUAGGGUCAGCUGUGUCACUACCCUCAGCUGAUAAACAAGCCAAGAAGAUAAUUGGCAACAUCAUGAAACAGGUUGCAGAACUGGAAACACUUGGUGGUCAUGCACUGAUGUUAUGUGCUUAUGAUGGUGUUUGUUACCAAGGUUCAGCUGGGAUUGGUGACAGCCUUUUAAAAACAAACAUCAUGGAAACAUUUGCAAGUAGAUUACACUGUAAUUCCCUGGUGGAAAAGCAAGACGUGUCAGUAAAACAUCUACAAGAAGUGUUCAACUUCAAAUACAGUGAACUUGUCGGAAACAGAGGAAGUAAAAUGCCUUACGCUAAGAUACAGCAAUUGGGAAUUUUAUUUAAUAACCUUCCCUUGGAUUUAAAGAAAGAGAUUGGUGUUAUUCCGCGUAAACCGUCUCUUUACGGAAGCGGCCAGCGCCGAAAGCUGUGGCUCGCCCGUCAUGACUGGAGCUUUGGUAUUUCUUUGCCUGUACCCUCCAUGGAUAGUUCCACGACCCCUUCAGCCACCACUCACACAUCAACUUCUCCUACGCCCACUCCUUCCCUUGUUAAUUCGUCGACCUCCUGUUAAUUAGUACUCCCGGUUUAAGUUAAAAACCACUGCUGUUCACAACCGUAACAAUACCAACUCACAACAAACUAACUACUAAUUGAACUUACAAAACACCUCAGUCGAAAAGAUGAAAUUUACACAACAUACCAUACAUUCUUCCUUCACUUUGACACAACCUCAUCACACACAAGUUCUUUAAGUGUUUAUCAGUCAUCUGCAACCAGAGCCACAGUGAGUGUCGACCACUGUACUUCCCGCGCAUCCAUUGUUCUUGGUACUCCUUCCUAAUCUCAACGCAGCACUUCCUCUGCUGCUGGUUUUAUCGUUUCCAAAGAUACUAAUUUGGAAUGCUGUUACCAAGCACGGCCUGAGAAACACGUGUGGUUUUUGUUCUUCCACCACGAACACACAUUCAUGGGCGCACAGUGAAUCCGGGAAACUUUGUGGUUGAAUGGUGCAUUCUAUGACGGAGAAUCGAUUUUUGUCGGUGGUUUUAUGAAUGGCCUUUAGAGCCGGCAACCUAUUUUCACUCGACUUGCUGAAGUUAACUUCUUCAGGCUGACCUCCCUGUGAAGGCGCCAUAACCUUUUGGAACU